GUGUGGCUCUUUGGGCGUUGUUGGUUACGUAGAGAGGCAGCAGCCGCCCACACUGACCUGGAUCUGUGAGGAGAACCGGAGGAGAACCGGAGGAGAACCCGCAGAUCUCCUCUCAUACCAUGGACUCCAGCACAGCACGCCGUGUUUGGGAUCAUCGUCAACACACAGACCUCCGUAAUGAAGGCGCUCCGACGGCGAUGUGCCCCUGCUCUGCUAAGCUGUGACGCUCCAGCAGCCUAAUGGACAGUAUCGAUACGUUAUCGAUUGAAAUCUGGACUCAGUAGCUUCUUUAUGCAUUUGAGGGGUUUAUUGUCUCCGCCUGCCUCUGCAGCGCUGGACUGGAACUGGAUAUAACCUCAGCUUUUCUGACAGACAACAUCAUUUACUCCUCAGUGAGGAAGUGGAGCGACGUCAAGCUAACUGAACUGGGAACAGUUUAGGCCGGAAGUUGCGCUAUGCUGCCUUCAUAAUACGAUCGUUUUAUUUUGAAUUUGAUCUCCUGCGGUGGCGUGGAGCAGUGGGGGGAACCAGAAAAAACACAGGCGAUAUUUUUCAAUCAGUAAGAGAGCAUCGCGACUGUGGAAUUACGCCGCACACUACGUUUUAUUUCGGAGGCCCGGAACGGAAGUAGUAUUUGCUGCGCUGUGGUGGAGGCUUGUGGAAGUGGGAUGUGUCCAGGGUGUAUUUAUGCUGCUGUUCCAGAAAUGAAAAUCACUGGAUCCCUGUUGCUCCGGGAGAUCUGCUUCUCCUCCGGCCACAGCGGGCUGACCACAGCGGGCUGACCACACGGGUCACGUCGCUGGUCGAAAACAACGAGCACGACCGAGGCUUGUGCGCGUGUCUCACGUGGACCGGACCUUCUCUGCGAGGCUGCCCGACCUGUGCUGAUGUGGUGACAGCAUGUGAAUGAACACAGUCACGUCCAUUGUUUUAUUACACAUUCAGCUCUUCAGUUUUUUUUUUUGGACCAAGAAUCCGUUCUUUUCCUCCUUUUUAUUUUAUUUUUUAUUUUUGAACAAAUGUCAGCCACCCAGCAUCAGGUGAUGAUGGAGUCCUCUCUAGCUCUCGGCAGAUUGGAUCUGACCUCCAGCCCAGCCGCCGUGGGGGUCAGCAUGACCCCGCGGCUCCCCGGCGGACCCCCCGCCAAAGAGAAAAGUGGCCAGCGGCCGACGGGGCCACAAGGCCCGGCUCAUCUGAACGGCUGCGUCCCGCUGUCACAUCAGGUGGCCGGCCAUAAGUAUGGAGUCGAUAAAGUGGGCAUUUUGCAGCAUCCAGAUGGAACAGUCCUGAAGCAGCUUCAGCCUCCACCAAGAGGUCCACGAGAGAUGCAGUUUUACAGCAUGGUGUAUGCAGAGGACUGCUGUGAUCCGUGUCUCCUGGAGCUCCAGAACCACCUUCCCACGUACUACGGAACCUGGUCCUCUCCUGACAACCCCAGUGACCUGUACCUGAAGCUGGAGGAUGUGACUCGUCGCUUCGUAAAGCCGUGCAUCAUGGAUGUGAAGCUGGGCCAGCGCAGCUAUGACCCGUUCGCCUCGCAGGAGAAACGUGAGCAGCAGGUCAGAAAAUACCCACUGAUGGAGGAGAUCGGCUUCCUGGUCCUCGGCAUGAGGGUAUAUAACAUGUGCAGUGACACUUUUGACUCCUAUGAUCAGCACUAUGGAAGAGCACUGGUUAAGGACACUAUUAAGGAAGGUCUGGCUAAAUUCUUCCAUAAUGGUGUUUGUCUGAGAAAGGAUGCAGUGUCAGCCAGCAUCCACAGGGUGCAGCAAAUCCUCCACUGGUUUGAGUCUCAGCACCAACUGGCCUUCUACGCUAGUUCCCUCCUCUUUGUCUAUGAGGGACUCCCCUCUUCUUCCUCCUCUCCCUCCUAUUCCUUCCUUCUCAGCACCCCAUCCAUCAGCCCGACUGGGGUGAAAACAGCCACGUUGUCAUCAGCGGUUGACGGCUGUCAGAGGGGAGAUGGGGGAGCAAGACAGGAAGGGGUGGGGCAGGAGGAGGUGGUGGCCGAGUACAACAACAACAACAUUCAAGUGGUGGUGCCCUGGGACUUCAGCCUCGCCACAAUUUACACCAACCACAGGAAACAUGGCCACCACUGUGCCAAGGGUCAUCUCCAAGGCACCAGUGGAGUGGAUGAAGCUGUGGAGACAACAGUGAGCUCAGUUUCUGGAGAUAACAACUCUGUAUUGUGUCAGGAAGACAACUCCACAUGGAAACGAACGGGUGAGUCACAGCAACCACCGAACGGCAACAGAAACAAGCCACAACUGGAAAGAAACGUUGUAGAUGGAGAGCGGGAGGACCGCGGCAAGGGGAGGGAGGAGGAGGCAGAGGAGCUGAAAGGACAAGGGAAUGAGACUACAGAGGGGAGUGGAAGAGACACAGGGGUGGAGGUGAGGAUGAUUGACUUUGCCCACGUAUUCCCAAGCGAGAGCCACGAUCACGGCUACAUCUACGGCCUCAAACACCUGCUGACGGUGCUGGAGCAGAUCCUCUGUGAUGCUGCUUAGAGCUCCCACUCCUUUCCCAACCCAUCUGAAGCUCCACAACUGCUCCUCCCCGUCACCCCUCCUCCUCUCUUCUCAAAAGGCAGGGCAGAGGGAAGAAUCAAAGAAGUGGAUCUUAAAUCUGAACCAUCUUCGUUGUCAUCAUCAUCAUCAUCAUCAUCUCACCUGAUCGUGAUGGUCCAUCGGUUACAUGCGUGUGUGUGUUUGUGCGUGUGCCUGUAUGCAGAGGGGAAGUGGCAUAAGGUGACGGCUGCAUUUCUACAUGCUACAUGCACUAAUCAGUCCAUGAAGGCAUUACAACCCUGUACUUAAACACAACAUCGUCAUCUGCAUGAUUUACUGAUGCCCAGACAAGCUCCGUGUAACCUGAAAUUCAACUUUAGUCCAUUUAUAAUGCAUUGAAAUCUAAAAGAGGACAACAGUACAUAUGAAACUAGGGGGAGGGAUUAUACCAGUAAGAUACGUUUUUCAAGUAGCAAGAGUCCCUUUAAAGUCUUUUGUGUGCUGCAGAGUGUUAUGGCAAUAUGGUUUUACAUAUCUUUUAUAGAAAUGUGGGUUUGUUUUUCAGAUGCCAAAUGCAGACAUUUAAGUAACAAUUGAAUUUCUUUGAGAUUUACUACAUACUGUCAAUAUUGCAAUAUACAAUUACUUGUGCUUUAAUAGACAUUUUCAUCCGUUUUGCCAUUGCCACUGAUACGUUACAUGUAUUUUGAUAAAGCAAAUCCAACUUCUCUUUUUAAUCAGCUGUUAGAUUUUUCUAGCUGUCUGGCUUGAAGCUUAGUAGCUGUAAUAAUUUCAUCCAGCGUGACUCAGUGCUUUCUUUAAAGCAAGACUUCUGCUGAUCGGUGGCAAGGAGCGGUUUCUGCAACCACAAGUGGUUUAUACAGGAAGUGCAGGAAGUUCAGAGUGCAUAUACCAAGUCAGUCAGCACCAUCACAUGGUUUUGGAGCUGUUGUGUUCUUUCUUUAAAGCAUAAGGUUGUUUUAAAAACUGGCAAAUUAGGAGACAGAUUAGGACUGGAAAUGAUUCAAGCUGAUAUGAUGCAUUCUAAACAAUACCUGGAUCGGAACCACUCCCGAUCCUUUGGAUUGGCUUCGUAUUCUCCUGCUCCAAAGCUUUUCAUCAGUGGAAGAAGUUUGUUUGAUCGUCAUGGAAAAGAUCUGUUGACAUGAGCUCAGAGGCUGUUACCGGUCCGCGAAUAGUAGUUUAACAGCUGUGGAUUCGGCUGAUCCUCAGUCAUAUGCUGAAAACAGAUUUUUCAUAUCCAGUUUUUUUUAAAUCAAGCAACCCGAAAGUUCACUUUAGCUGAUAAUUAUUGGACAGUGAAGCUUAUAUAUAUAUAUAUAAAAAAACUACAUAAACUACAGUAGUUACUACAGUUUCACAGCUCGCUGACAAAUCCCUCCAUUGCUAACCGCAUUCGUUUUCAGGGCGUCUUGAGAGUCAGUUAACCCAGAUUUGCUCCCAGUUUGUGAGCAUCGGGUAAAACAAUAAGUCUGCAGAAUGUUGUUGUUUAAGUCGGGUUGUCGUUUUGUGUUUUUGUUGAAACCACUGUCUACAGGUAUCUAACUCAGGUAAAUUUACUGUACGAAAAAUGUUUAAUAUUACUACUAUUGUCCUACAAGAUGAUCCUCAUGCUGUCUGGUUGUUCAACUCUACAUGAUUGUUUUAUAUAGUCUUAUCUCAUGAUUGACCUGAUCUCAUCCUCUUAACCAUACAAUGAACUUACACAGUGUAUUGUCUUUUACCAUGGCUAUUUUAAUUGUUGUACAUGUUCAGCUGCCAAAUCACCUCUUUUUUCUGAAGCCUGUGCUCCUCGCUGUGGACUACAAAUCAGUCUUGGAUUAGCCAUGAGCUCCUUCGUGAUUUCCAUUUAUCGUUAUGCAAUGACUUGAUUUAUAUCCGGGCAACAAUUGGAAGCUCCACCCUUCCCGAUGCUUUGUGGGGUUUGACAGAAGCAACAUGUUAUACUGGGGGGGACAUAUGAUGUGCUGUGAUUGGUUGACAUUACUUUAAUAAUUAUAACUUCCCUAAGGAUUUUUAAGAUUGUAGUAAAAAGAUUUUUGAGACGUGCUGCUUUAAUGAGAUUCUACUGACUGAGUCGCUGCUAAAAAAGGGAAAGACAGCAACUGAAUGGUUUUAUGUUUUUUUUUUGGGUGGGGGGGGUGUUGGGGCUUCUGUGGCUCAGUGCAGGUGGAUGUCAGAAUACUGGAUCCUAGUAAAGCACGAGGAUUUCAGGUGGAGCAAACGGCUUCGCCGGUUCAUUAGAGUCAUAUUUGGUAAAGAUUGAUUGAUACACAGAGUGUCUGGUCUGUACGCUAAUUCUAAUGUCCUCGUACCAGGUCUGAGGGUGCUGUGAACUGUAUUGACACCAGUGCUGCGGACACAGUGUAGCUGCGGUAGAUUUCUGGAAGCCUGAGGCGGUUUGUCUCGUCCAGACAUAACAUAGAUGUUGUGUUUUCUUUUGAAAACAAAUUGAAGUUGGUUUCAGCCUCAUGCCAUGGCCUUCAUUAGCAGAUUAGGUUUGGGUUGGUGCACGCCACAAGAUUUAACUGAAAGCUCUGGGGGGAAAAAACAUGGUAAUUAGACCUUGUGAUAUUUUAUUUUCUGCGAAUUUUGUUUUGUUUGACUUUGAAGCUCAAGUUCUGUUUAGUUGUGCAAAUAUUCACGAGCAGUUCAAUCUUGAGUUUGAUAAGUCAUGGUCACAAUGAGGGAUGUCCCACGACGGAUGGAAGCCUUUCACCCCCGAGACCAGGCAGGAUUACCAGCGCUACCCCAGACACCCAGAGGCCCCCGGGCAGGUUCACAGUCUGACUUGCGGUCAUUUGAUUAGUUUCUAGUUAAUGUUUUUUCCAUCCCACAUAAGGGAAAUCAAAAAUACGUUUAGCAAUCCCACUAAUCACAACAGAAAUGAGAGUGAAGCUUUCAGUGUGAAUGUCCAUCCUCAUCUCAGUCUGAUGUUCUAGUGUGAUUACAGCCAAUGAAGUGUUGUGUCUCCCUGCUCUCUGCCUGUACACACUAGCACAAAUGCAACAGACUUUUUAACCAACUGUGUGUUUUUAAGAUUGAAAUAGUUCCACUUUAUCAUUGUUAAGUUGCCUUUGUGCCACUGUCUGGUCUUUAAGUUUCUGUACAGCUUUACUGACCCCAUCCUCUGUUCUCUACACUAACAAGGAGCUGCUUUAAAAUCUAAUGCUAUACGUCACUGCCCCAGAACGCCACAAACCAGCUUUGAUUUUACCUGAGAAUAUGCACAGACCUCUGCAGCUUGUAAUACAUGAUUAUAACCAAACCAUAUGAAAACACUUAUCUUUGGCAAAUUAACGUAAUCAAAUGUAUUUUGAUUUUAAUCUGAACCAAAAGAGACUGCAAACUAUCAGAAAUAUUUUUUCUAACCUUUUUUAAAAAAUUAAUACAUAAUCAAUGUGAAAUUUAGGGAUUAUUUUAGGGAUAAUAACAGGAGUUAGAGAAGAAUUUAUUUUUUUAGUCACUGCCUUAUUUUCUGUUCAUGUCUCCAUGUUGUGUCUGUGUUUGAAAUAUUGAUUAUUGAUCAUUCUGGCAGCUUUAUGAAUCUCUCCUGUUUCUAGUCAGUUGUAUUAUGGCUAACUAACAAAGGCAUAUCAUGCAUUAGCAUACAGGGCAUUGUUGAUUGAAUUGGUUUGAUAGUGAACUGACCCGCUGUAAUGCAACCUUUAACUUUGACCCCCCCCCCUUCAAUCAGUGUCAACCGAUGUUACUGAGAGCUUUUAUUUGAAGGGUUUUUUUUACAUGUUGAUCCCAUUUAUCACAUCUCAUUAGUCAUUCCCUCUUUACAUCACAGCCUGGAGCAGUUUUAGAUCAUUUACUUUCUAUGUUUCUCCAGCCUCCUCUCAGGCUUAUGUCUGCCUGUACCGUUUGAUGGUCUGAAUGACCAUCACUGACUACAAAGACUAAACACUCUCGGUAUGGAGCCAGGAGUUGGCCACUGGAGUAAAUUAUGGGUAUAUGUAAAUGUACCUUUUAACACUGCAAGUUGAUUUUCAUAGCACAGUGAAACAGUGACUGCCUAGACAUUACAAAAUACAUAUAAAGCAUAAUGAAGUAAUUGCAAUGGUAACGUUAGUGGUAAAUGGGUUAGAACUUGUAUUAAACCCUUUUAUUGGCAUCUACCAGCAGCAGCGCAGACAUGUAACAGAACUGACCACUUCUAAAUUUGAUCAUUUGGAUAGUUGUGCAUGUUGCAGGUUUGUAAGAUAGAAUUUAGAGUCUGGAUUCAGACCUGACCACUCACCUCUGCUACCUCACAAGUGUGGUAUCAUCUCUGGUUGCUCCUUUACCCAUACUGGAAAUAAAUAUGACACCAUUGCAUUGUAGUCCUCAGGACUACAAUGCAAUGUAACUGCUUGCACUGCAUGGCGUGUGUCAUAUCGGCGCGGACCACACUGGGCCAUGCUGACUUGUGAUAAUCCAGGGUGAGUGCACUGUAUCAGUCCAACAGUACAAAUUAAAUUGACUUCUUUUCUGGCUCCUCACCUCUCAUGAUUAAGAUGCGGAAGAAGGGAACCUGUGUUUGCUCUGGUUCUAUGUUGUUUACAUUUCUGCUGCUCUCCUUGUGACCAGGAAAAGUCCAAUACAGGCCAAAACAUGAUUUACAGUAUAUUCUAGAACUCCAGCUUGUUGGCUUCUCCGAUUUGAAACUUGUCUUUCGUGCACUACAGAGUAAUGGAUAUAAUGGAAUAGCCAGUUGGUGACAUUUAAAACAGAAUACCUAAGCUGUUAAUCUCCAUUGAAGAACCAUAGAGCUGGUGUGACCUGUUUUAGACCAUAACUACAAAUAUAUGUACUGUACAUUACUGCCAGCUGUUUUCAAAGCACGGUGUUCAUUGAAUUGAGUAAAUGUCCGGGUUGAUUCAGUUGCUUUUGUUUGCGUUACAAUUCAAUCAAACGUGAUCUUUUCUCUGAUAAAAUCAAGUCCAGUUAGAGACUGCAUAUUCCAA